CCAUGACCACCAUGAGUACCUCACAACCUACCCUACAACAUGCAGUUUCGACAGCUAGAUUACCGCUACAACUCAUGGAACAAAUAGUUGACGCUCUUUCCGAUGAUGUCGACGCUCUCACAGCUUGCGCAUUGUCCUCUCGCCAACUCGCCUACCGCAGCCGCUAUCAACUAUUCCGCGCCGUACACUUCGAUUUUAUCCCAUCUCUGUCAUUCAAUCACUGCGUAACUUUCUCGGAAAAGUGCCAAAAUGCGGCGCCACUUGUAAGAAGCCUUACCUUGAGCGAAACUCCCUCCUGGUCCGUAGGCUUCUUCUCUACGUGGGUCACCUCUGAACCGCAGCUGCCUAUCGUCCUUGGAAUGAUGAAGAACUUGAUGUCUUUGCAUCUUGUCGACGUGGAACUAGUCGGCAUUAAUAUCAUCUGGCCUGAAGUUGAGGAAUUGGAAAUGAAGCAGUGUUCUGUGACAAAUCUUGGCACCUUUCUCGGCGGGUUCCACAAAUUAAACAAACUAGCGCUAUGCGACAUAGACAUUGUUGAAGAAACAUCCUCAUCGUCUGAGGUUUCUCUUGACCUUGAAGAAUUGGUGAUUACCCAAGCCACCAGCCGAACGAAGAUGAAUACCAUCAAGUGCCUCCUCCCGCUCCUCCCCACGCCAUCUCGUAUUCGACGGCUUACCUACCCACUUUACUAUCCGGAGCAGAAGAUCCCACAAUACGACGUGAUUCCUCAUACGCAUCUGGAUGAGUUAUUUCUAAUGGGAGCCAAGAAUCCAAAGAUACCCGUUCCGGAUAUCCAAAACGUUACCAAGCUUCGUUUGCUUGUGAUGCCCCCCUGGCACGAGUAUCCGGUGGAUGCAUGCAAAGAAUGGGACGAGCUAACAGAUUGGCUCAUACACCUGCUACACAAAGCCCAAGGUGGAUGCUUAAAGGAGCUCCAAUUGGAGUAUUACCUAGUUGGCAUAUCUGGGAGUCCGGACAAGUGGGCAGAGCUCAACAGAAUUAUAUUGAAGAUGGGAUUGAGCAAGGUUGAGCUCGUGCUCAGCAUGCCCCUGCAAUGUUGGCUGACAGAAGAAGGAGAGGAAUCCGAUUGGCCGUUGUGGAAAGAGGAAUUGAUGACCAAAUGUGUUACAUGCUUUGAGCAAGUUAAAAGGCAUGGGUUGUUGACAGUCUCCAGAGGAUACCAAAUUUAA